CCCACAUCAUUCAUCACCUCCUUAGCUAAAACAUGCCUUCCUCCUUGCAGCUCCACUGCUCCACAACCACCUUCAGCGGCGGCUGCCACCACAAACAGCAACCUCAACCCACCACACUGACAAGUUGUUUCCCUCUUCCUCACGAUGUCUCGCUACCGGAAACGGUCUCGUCGUACCACGUCCACACCCUGAGACCGAACCAGUGUUGUUCCGCGGUGGUUCAAGCCAUCGAAGCCCCAGUGGAUACGGUUUGGUCUUUGGUUCGUCAGUUUGAUAACCCUCAGGCUUACAAACAUUUCCUCAAGAGCUGCCAUGUGAUCGUGGGUGACGGGAACGUGGGUAGUCUUCGUGAAGUUCACGUGGUGUCGGGUCUCCCAGCAGGUUCCAGCACGGAGAGGCUCGAGAUCCUGGAUGAUGAACGUCACGUACUUAGCUUUAGUGUGGUGGGAGGCGAUCAUCGGUUGAGAAACUACAGAUCGGUUACAACUUUACACGCCUCCCCAAAUGGUCAAGGGACGGUUGCCGUGGAAUCAUUCGUUGUUGAUGUACCAGCUGGUAAUACCAAAGAGGAUACCUGCACUUUUGUUGAUACAAUUGUACGUUGCAACCUUCAAUCUUUGGCUCAAAUGGCUGAAAACAUGGCUAAAGGAGAAAACUCAUUAUCCCCUUAAUCAUUUUCUAAGGGGAUAAUUCUUUUUCUCUUUAACUCUUUUCUUUCGUCUUCGAGUUGCCAUUAAUACAUCCUUAAUGAGGUUGAAGAUGAUCCAUAUCGUAUAUUAUUGCUAGAGGGAGGUUUAAUUCUUCA